ACACCCUCUCUCUCUCUCUCUCUCUCACUCUGUCACUUCAAUUCUCAAUCUGCACUGGACUCUCAGGGACCCAAAGCUAAUCUGUAUCAUUCGAUGCUUUUGUCUGGAACUUUCCCUCCACCAUAUAAGUUAGUAAAAUCCCCAUCAAAUCAAGUGGCCAUUUUCCUCUUGUUUUGUUAUUAUCUUCCUAUAAUCUCCUCACUUUUCCUCUCCCCUGCUUAUCUUUUCACCUCCAGAGCUUCAUCUGGAAACAGUGGCCUUUCCUGCUUUAUCUUCUCCUCCCAGUCCUCCAAUCUCAAUUUCUCAGUACAAUAUCUAUUGGGUUUGAUCCAAAACUGCAUGUUGUUCCCAUACAGUUGAUGGGUCACUUCUCCCAUCUGUUUUUUUUUUUUUUUUUUUUUGGUUUAACAAACUCAGUUGCAUUGGUUUUCAUACCUUCAAGCCAAUAAAAAGCUUAAAUCUUUAGCUUUUCUGCAACUUUCCCACCAAAAUGAACUUCCUUUCUUACCCUCUUGGGCCCUUCCACUUUCGUUUUAUGUCUCAUCUCUGAUUUGCUUUUGCGUGCUCUGUUUUUCUGGGUUUUGUGUUUUGCCUCCAUGUGUUUGACUAAAUUCCUCUGAGAGUUGCUAUUUGAGUAUUUGGUAGCCAUUUUUUGUGUUACAAUGCCACCAUCUUACUUCCCUUUAAGGUGGGAAAGCACCGGAGACCAAUGGUGGUAUGCAUCACCAAUCGAUUGGGCAGCAGCCAAUGGCUUAUAUGAUUUGGUCAGUGAGCUUCUUCACCUUGACACCAACCUCCUCAUCAAGCUGACCUCAUUGCGCCGCAUCCACCGCCUUGAAACUGUCUGGGACGACGAGGCUCAGUUCGAUGAUGUUGCCAAAUGCCGGUCACAAGUUGCCAAGAGGCUCCUCCACGAGUGCCAAAUGCAGAGGGGACAUAACUCUCUCAUCAGGGCCGGCUACGGCGGAUGGCUUCUCUACACUGCGGCCUCGGCCGGGGAUGUAGGGUUUGUCAGAGAGUUGCUGGGGAGAGACCCUCUUCUUGUUUUUGGAGAAGGAGAGUAUGGAGUCACUGACAUCUUCUAUGCUGCUGCCAGGAGCAAGAACUCUGAGGUUUUCAGGCUGCUGCUUGAUUUCUCAGUGUCUCCAAGGUUUAGCCUCAGUAAUGGAGAACUUGAAGAGAGGUUGGGUGAUGUUACAUCGGAUUUCAAGUGGGAAAUGAUGAACCGGGCGGUUCAUGCCGCUGCUAGAGGUGGCAAUUUGGAGAUAUUGAGGGACCUGCUUGGGGAUUGUGAGGAUGUUUUGGCUUAUAGAGAUGCUCAGGGAUCUACCAUCUUGCAUACAGCCUCUGGCAGAGGGCAGGUUGAGGUGGUUGAGUAUAUAAUAGCAUUCUUCGAUACCAUCACAAUAGUAGAUAAUCAAGGGAACACAGCUCUACAUGUGGCCGCUUAUAGGGGUCACUUGGCUGUGGUGGAUGUCCUAAUUCGUGCAUCUCCCUCGUUAACCACGUCAUCAAACAAUUAUGGAGACACCUUUCUGCAUUUGGCAGUGUCUGGUUUCAGAAGCCCUGGUUUCCGGCCACUGGACAAACAGAUUGAGCUCAUUAAGCAAUUAGUAUGUGGUGAUAUUGCGAACAUGCAGGACGUUGUUAAUGUUAAGAACAAUGAUGGACGAACUGCUCUUCACAUGGCUGUAAUUGAGAAUGUUCAAUCUAAUUUGGUGGAACUCCUCAUGACUGUUCCAUCAAUUGAUUUGAACAUCCGUGACUCUGGCGGCAUGACCCCUCUAGAUAUUCUUAAACGAAGGCCAAAGUCAGCAUCGUCCGAACUUCUGAUCAAGGAAUUGAUUUCAGCUGGAGGGAUCUCCAAUCGUCAGGACCGUAAAGCAAGGAGCGCCCUUGUUUCCCAUUUGAGAAUGCAGGGUAUUGGAGGCAGUCCGGGAACCUCUUUCAGAAUUCCUGAUGCAGAGAUAUUCUUAUACACAGGCAUUGACAAUGCUUCUGAUGCCAAUUGCGAUCAGUCAGGCGUGCAAUUCAACACAUUCUCAGGUGAGCUAAGACAAUUUGGCUCACCCAACACAGUAAACAAUAAGAAGUCAAGUUCUGUAACUUAUGCUGCAAGGCGCCUUAAGUUUCUUCUUCAAUGGCGGAGGAGGAAAGAAAAAAAGGAAUCUAGCAUAUACUUAAGAGAUAAUGAUUCGGUGGAGUCAUUUAGCACCUGCGUAGAUUUGGACGACAAUCCAAUCCCUCUUCGGCAGAUGUAUGCCAAAUCUUCCUCCCUCCCAAACAACAAAAGGACAGUUUCUGUAAGGAGUUUUCUUCCGAGCCCAUACACUAAAAUGAAAUUUACUGCUGGUUUAUCACACGGUGUGAUUCAGGCAAGGCCCCAUUUGGCUUUUCCAGCUGAGUCACUGUCUUCCCCUACUUUCAUGGACAAAGAGAAGGGUGUUGACAUUUUGGGACCCUCUAGCUCAAAUGGCAAACCACCACAUCCACAAGCAAGCUUCAAACAUAAUUCCCUCAGUAAGAAGUUAAUAAACCAAUAUUUGUCUGUUGGCGCGCAAGGUCUGGAUGUGAACGAAUCAAUUAGCUCCACUUGGUCGAAUCAAAGUCACAAACACUCUGGUCCUCUAGUUACUUGAUCAGUAUGUAUAAACGGGUUGGUGUUCUUGCUUAGGCCUGUAGAUAGAUUAGAACUGUGGUGAGUUCUCAAAAAGUUUUUCUUUAUCGAUACACUUCUUUCUUUAUUAUCCUUUCCCCCCUUACCGAUCACAUAUUUUUAUAAUCUUUGUGGAUAUGUGCAUAGUUUCAUACCAGUUGUAAAAGUUGUCUGAAUAAUGUUCAAGAAAUGUUAAAGGGUUACAUGUUUUAUAGUA